GUGGAGAGCACAGAGCAGGAGAGGUAUAUAGGUGGAAAGUCCUUUCUUCCCCUGUAUGAUAAGCUGAGGCUGAGCCUUUCCCUGCCUGGCUGAGCCGGUGCUGCAGCACUGGGAUCCCUGUCACCGCUCCUCCCCCCUCCCCCCUCCUCCGGAGCCGCACACACAUAAUAACAAAGUUACUUUGCAGCAGCUGCAGGACCUCACCCCGCCUGCUGUCUGCUCUCCUAACCGGCUGCAGCCCUACUGGCAUACCCAGCACAGCGACACGGGUGCAGCCACACUGCCCUGCCCGGCAUACCCAGCACAGCAACCCGGCUGCAGCCCGCAGUGCUGUGCAGAGAGGGAGAGCGCGGCAGCCUGACUGCAGCAUGUGUGCCAGCUAGGAGGUAUAUGUGAUUUCUGCAUUGCCCAUCCCUCAUCCUGAUGUUUCUUCGGCCGGAACCAGAGCUGGGCUGGCUGCCAACCCAUGUCCAGGUCACCAUCCUGCAAGCUAGGGGCCUGCGGGCCAAGGGCAAGCAUGGCACCAGUGAUGCCUACACACUGAUCCAGGUGGGCCGGGAGAAGUACAGCACCUCCGUGGUGGAGAAGACCCCCGGCUCUCCGGAAUGGAAGGAGGAAUGUUCUUUCGAAUUGUCCCCUGGAGCCAUCGAGAGGGGGGAGAACAGCGAGCUGAAGCUGAUCGUCAUGCAUCGCGCUCUUAUUGGCAUGGACCAGUUCCUGGGGCAGGUCAGCGUGCCUCUGCAGGGGCUCUUCCAGGAGGGCCGCUCAAAGAGGGACCAGUGGUACAAGCUUCACUCGAAAACUGGAAAAAAGGAGAAAGAACGAGGAGAGAUCCAGGUGUCCAUCCAGUUUACGAGGAACAACCUGACGGCAAGCAUGUUUGACCUCUCCGUCAAAGACAAGCCAAAGACGCCGUUCGGCAAGCUGAAGGACAAGAUGAAAGUGAAAAAGCACUUCGAUAUGGAGUCCUCCUCGGCCAUUGUCCCAAGCAGUGUUGGCCGUCUGGACAGUGAUGAGGAGGAUGAGAAAAAACCAAAGUUCAAGGCAGCUGCUUUCUUUAAAGGACGUCUGCGCAAGAGUUCCCUCACCAAGUCCAACACUUCUUUGGGGUCGGAUAGCACCAUCUCCUCCACAAGCGGCACUGCGCCCACUAGUGCUGGCAUAACCAUUAAUCUGCCGGAUGUCAUCAAGAAACCCGCCGUCAGGAACAGCAGCCUGUCCACCGAGCCAACCGUUAACAUCCAUGAAGCUUCUCCCAGGAUGACGCACAAGAGGGCCUUCAGCGACGAGGUUAGCCAACUCAAAUUAUUCCCAGAACCAAAGGCCGUGCAAAACCUGAAGCCAGAUAGCAGCCCGAUCUCCAAGUCGUCUUUGUGCAUAAAUGGGAGCCAUGUCUACACAGAAGUGCCUCUUCCCAAGCCACCCGUGUCUCUGGAGAAAGCUGCACCUGCCUCCAAGUCCUUUCAGAACAUUGUAAAGAAAGCGGACGAGGCCGCAGUGCCUGAAGUAACUCGGGGACCGGUCCACACUUUAGAGAAAGUGGGGCACAAGUCAACAGGCCUUUCUAUAUCUGCUGAAGGGGAAAUGGUCUCCUCAAAAGCGGUGGCGGCCUCACAGAAGCCAAAGAACGACCAGGUCCUCGUGGAUUCCAAGCCUGUCCAAAUCACGUCACCCAUGGUAUUUACUGCGGAUCUGUCAAAGAUUAAAGUUCAGGAAGCGAAGACAAAAGAAGAGAAGCCCGCGGCCAUUGUCCAGCAGGGAUCUGGGAAGAGUCAGUCCAGCCAAAAGAAUCUCACGGAGACCUCACCUCAAGUGCCUUCAAGCUCUGAAGAGAGGGGGAAGGUCGGCAGCUGGUUUGGUUCUAAAGACACUAAGGAGACUCCACCGAAACCAAGUUUCCCCUCUGGGUCUAUUGGUACCUCAGAAGCUGCUGAAAGGAACUCUUCUCUUGCGGAGGAACACAGUCCAGUGGCCUUCUCUCCGUUUACAGAAGAUCAGAAAGUUUUUUCGUACCCAGGGGAAAGUGGCUUUUUGCAAGCAUUUGCCGAAAAUCGGGAUUUCAGCUUGGCUCAGAGCUCCUCGUUGGAACCUCCUGCCCUGGCCUCAGAAUUGGAGGAACAGUUUGACGCUUUUGCCUCAAGCCGAUUGCAACCUUCCUCUAACAAUCGUAGACCAUCGGAAACUAAGGAUAAAUCUUUUGUUGGUGUUUCUAUGGAACAUCUAUUACAGUCUUCAUCUGAAUUCCAAGGAACUGAGCCUACAACUCAUCGUAGUGAUGACAAUCCAUGGAACCUACAUUCAAAGAACCCUAAUGUGCAAACAUUGGGCACAUGUUGGCCAGAAAUGCCCGAUGUUGGCAGAAGAGAGACUGAAGAAAUCUCUCCUUUUCCAAAAAGCCUUUCCCAGAACUUUUCUCCAGCAUUCAUUCCACCCAGUGAAUCUCCAAGAAAUCAGACACUCAUUACAGAUACGACUAACCGUUAUGCACAAGUGAAUGUUGACCUGCCACUUCCCGAAUCUAAUACCACCUCAAACGUAUUGGUGGGGGCAAUCCCAGGUGAGAGCAGGAUAGCUGCCAUCUCGCCACGUGUAGUAAUAGAUCAGAACACUAUCAGUUUAGAAGAGAAUAUCGGUGUCUCGCUGUGUGGCCAGGAGUCACCAACCCAAAGAAAGUACCCUACUAGCUUGUUUCCCAUAAAUGAAACCGUGCUUCAGUUCAACAAAGGUAGUGGUAUUGUAGAGCAUGUGCUGGACUCUGUAGAGCUUAAAGAACAGGCCCACAUUGAACAACGUUUCUUUGCUUUUAAUCAAGAAGUAAUCCCUAGUGUGAGAACCUUGAUGGAAGAAAGGGUUAAGGAGCUAAUUAAAGAACAGGCCAUCAAUGAGGACAUAGGGUCUACAGCACCACCCAAGCCCUCUCUGCUCAUGUUGUCACCUGCCCUUGAGCGGUUGGAGACUUCUAAUGAUGAUUGCAAACAAACAAGUAAUCAGGAAACCACUGAAAAACAAAGAGAGAGCCCAGAGGUACAUAUGAAACCGCAGAACAUGGGAGAUAGCAAACAGACUGUCUCUCCAGUGGCCUGUUGUCCUGUAAUUGAGAUGCAAAGCCCCGUGUUAGGCUCUAUAGGUGAGGACACUCAAUCCGCCACUGAGGGCCUGUGGUCUAAUUUAGGGGAAGGAAUUAAUGAGGUUUCAAAGCUGGGUGCCGCUAAUGGGGAACACCUGUUGGAUGUAAAUGAAGUAACCGCGUCAGAGCAGUUCCGGACUUGCCCUUCCAACGUCUCACUAGACACAGACCUCUCAAGCCUUCAAGAAGCCUCAAAUAAAUUGCACUUAAUUAACCAUGGUCCAUCUGAAGUACCCUCAACAUUGGGACACAGCAAACAGGAUAAAGAUGAUUUCAACUUCCUAAAGCCAGUUUUGCUGUCAAACAAGGAAAGUAGGACUGAAAUUGCAUGUUUGGCUAAAAAAUGUGACCAGUCCGACUUUCUUUUUUGGUCUGCCCUAGAGGAGCAGAUACCGCCCUCCAUGGUAGAUCCAGCCGACACCAGGCAGGACUUGUCGAAGAGUCCGUGUCCUGAUGUUCACUCUGAGAGUAGCACCAAACCAGAGCAGAGCAAAGGGGAGGUUCUAGCCAGUCAGAGUGUUGAACCUAUUAUCCCACCACUCAGUGAGUUGUUAGACCAUAGACUUGAGUCCAGCAUGAAAUCUUUAAGAGAAGAAAGCCAGUCGGGUCUUCUGCUAAGCCAGCAGUCGUCUUGGUCAGCAGACAUAGUUGUAGACUUCAAGAAUGAGGGUUUCUGGAGAAUAGAGUCUGACCAGCUAGAUCAUAUUAAAUGUUUCCCUUCACCAGGAAAUCCCUUUACACCAGUUGACAGAGCUCCUUUAAGUCCCAAAAAUCCCUUUAUUGACCUCUCUAGGGACAGUCUGAGUUCUGGGUCUUCGUUGCCGGAAGACCUGAGCUUCAAAGACCUUCAUGCCCAUGCAGCGCUUAGAGACAUCCCCUCUGCUAUCCUUCCUGCUGAGGUGAAAGAUGCUUUUAUGCAUGGAAGCCCACCUCUGGCCUUCUCCACUCCUUCCCUCGAUGCUGCCCCAAACCCUACACUAUCAGACUUCCCCUCUCCAAUCAUGUUUCCUACAACUUCUGGGGUCACCAUUGCAACCAGUACCCGCACAUCGACUCUGUCGUGCUGCCAGUCCUCCGCGGCCAGUGGUGGGACAUCGCAUGCUCCUUCGGUCCUGCCUCAGGAGACACAGACAGCUGACAAUCCAUUUAUGCCUCUAAGAACCAGCCCCCACCCGGUGAAACCAAUAAGUGCUGCUCUCUCGGAUUCUGCACCCGAAAAAAAACCACAUCGGCCGGCUCUCACCACAGCACUGAAUAGUGGUCUGGAGAAGUUAAAGUCGGUGACCGGUGGACAGCAUUCCGUACCCAAGAAACAGGAGCUGGAGCGGCUGAAGGACCUGUGUCCUCCGGACCUGGCGGCUAAAUACUACCACCUUACUCACGACGAGCUGAUCCACAUGUUGCUGCAGCGCGAGGUCGAGCUGGGCAAGAAGGAAGACCACGUGCGGGAGUUGGAGACUUACAUUGAUAAGCUACUGGUACGCAUUAUGGAGCAGGCACCAGCGCUACUCCAAGCCCCGCUGGAGACCAAGAAGUAGAGACGCCAGCCUGAGGAGGCCUGAAGACCUUGGCAUCCUGAAGGUCCUGGCAGUUUCCCUUGAUUUGUAGUGUCACACCUCUGGGAAGAUGGUUCCAAUACACCGUUUACAGAUCACAUCUUUCUGCUGCCAUACGGGAUGGUGCAAUGUGAAGAUUAAACCUUUGAGAGAGAACUUUCAUCCGUCUUCCUCCUGUAGCCUUCAGGACCUUAGUCCGGGCAAGUGCUACUGGUCGUGUCACCCUGUGACUCACUGUUACACCACAUACACAUUGCUGUAAUAAACACACCCUCUCUGAUCAGGCACAGGUUAAUCUUUCACGUUUCAGUAUUUCAUUACAUUGCUUACUUGUCACAAGUUGGAACACAAGUGCUUACAGUACCUUUCUCACGUAAAUAACCUGGGUAUAGUUGGCCUUGGUUCUGUCCAGGGAGCCAACAAUGAAACCGCGUGGGAUUUGGGGAGUGCUAACACUGUUAGUUUCAAAUACCACUUUUGCAAUAUUUGAAGUAUAGCUAAAGUCUAGUUUCCCAAGGACACCACCAUCUCCCUGUAUAGAUGGGUGCUCGUAUCCCUAACAGUCACGUUAGAUGGCGCCUGUUCCACCGCUAUAUCUAUAGGUCUUUGUAUGCGAGUCUGUCCACAACUUAGGCCAUCCUGUCACCGUGGUCACUUGGAACUCAUGCCAAGUAUUGGUGGGCUAACUCUGUCUAUUAUGGCCUGGAUUGUGGUUGGCACCACUCAAGGAGGUAGAUUUGGCUCUAAACUGAAGCUUUUCAAAGUAUGACACUUGUGCCAUAGACAGGGAAGGAGUACAGGAAAGGUACAUGGCAAGUGUUACGAAUCAACACGUUCUCUGAUAUAUGUAUAUACACUGAUUAAGUUCUGUUAGGAUAGGCUGUUACUCUAUGGUCCCCUUUUUAUAAGCUUAUAAUCAUAUCCUCCUUUUACCUAUCCCAUGACAGUAGCUGGAAACCCUGAAUUUAUUCGGUUAAGUGGAGUCUGCCGAGUCACAAGCUCAAAGCAGCUGUUAGGCUGCAGGGUCAUAGAUACUUGUAAAUCAGAUCUCUACCUCUACUGUGUAAAGGUGAUGGAUUUGCCUCAAUGGCUGUAAGGUUUGUGGGAGGGGUGGGGGCCAUCGAUACUCGUUCUGUAUACAAAGUAUUCUGGAUCCAUCGCUUCUAUCUAUACUGUAAUUUCAUCUGCUGCUGCUUUCUCUUGCUAGAAUAACUGUGACACAAAUGCACUCGAUUGAGAAAGCCAAGCUUCGGAUUUACAAUACAGUGUACGUGAAUCCUGGAUGUAUCUAUUGGCAUAAAUGCAGAACACCCUUCAAUUGAAGUCCCCCUGUUCUAUAUUGCUGUUUGCAUAUCCCUGUGUGUGCACAGGCCCAUGGCAAAGGCCUCUCAUCUCUGUAUAUAGUGCCUACAGACCAAUUUGACCAGCUCAAUAUCCCCCCCCCCCCUUCCUUGAAGAAAAAGGAGGCAAACCGUUAAGGUGAAUGUCUUAGGCUGAGUUUUCUGUACAACAUCCUAAUCACAGAGGUGAAUAUCUGGAAUGUAUCCCCUCUUAUUUUAUAUCUCUCAGUUGCUGCUUGCACAGGGGACGCAACCUUCUGUAUUUAGGAUUAAUUUUGCUGUAAAAAGCUGUAUGAAGUGUGCACAUUGCGGUUCUGCCUAAACCCCUUCUCUGGAUGUAUAAAUUACAGUAUUUCGUAUGUGUACAGCGUAGCUGGAUUUCUGCUGGGCAAUGACGAGCAUUUUGGGACACCAGAAUUUAGGGGACUGUACAUUCUGUUUUGGCACUCCAGUAUGAUAAUUGUGUCCGGUUGUCAUUGAUUUGGCAUAUACAGAUACUGUGUGUGGAGAUCAGUUUGUAUUAUGAAAGUACAGUAAAUGUUGCCUCGUGAAAUUGUUUAGCAAGGAUUUGCGUUUUAGGUGCUGCAAACCAGAAGACCAUGUGUGACUGAUUGGUGCAGUAUUGGAUCCACAUGGAAGUCCAGUGCUCUUUAAAAUAAUGGGGUAGAUGAAGAGAACGGCACGGUCUAGUCCUCUGCGGCGUCCGUGACGUCACCAUACCACCAUACACUGCCCACUGCUCAGGUUAUUCUGUCAGACUAUACAACAAUGUCUUCCAGUUCCUUUUAAACGACCCAUAUCCUGAUGUAUUUGAAACCACCAGUGUCUUUCUUACAAAGUGCAUCAACAGCAAUAGAUAAUCAUUCAGGUCAAGGCCUCUUGAUAGGAACCAAUUUAAUAUAAAGGUUUAAGGUCAUUUUAAUUGAAGGAACAGGUUCUCCUCUUGGACAUCGUCUCAGGAACGCUGUGAAACUAUUCCCCCCCCCCCCCCAGUCAUUUUUGGUGUGGCUCACUUCUUGGGGCCUUGGUGUGUCGGGCAUGGAUUAUUACACAUUAUGGACCAUUUUUUGCUUCAGAUAUUUUGGAUUUCUAUUGGCUGCAGUAACUUAAUUUGGUGGAAACGUGUUCUGAUGAUAGUAAAUGCGUUUUAGUGAAGAAUUGGUGUCUGGGGCAGGUGAGAGAACAUUAUCCCGGGAGACCCUUUUGGAGAAGUAGCUCCUAAAUGCCUCUGUAGGCUAAAUCCUCAUGAAUAUUAAAAAGGCAGCCAACACUAGUGAGUGCAACAGGCGCAGUGUAAGUGACAUAUCUGGAUCAGUGUGUUUUCGUUAUCUAGGUGCACCAAAGUGUACGCUUCUCAAACUUUCCCAGGUUCUGGUACAGGGUGCAGUGACUGUUACACUUUGCCACUUUUGUCUGGUGACCAUUGUAGGUCCUCCUAAUAACAGAGCAUUGUAGGUCCUCCUAAUAACAGGCGCAUCUCUGAAUCUGUUGUGUGUUUUCAUUACCAGGUGCACCAAAGUGUACGCUUCUCAGACUUUCCCAGAUUCCGGCACAGGGUGCAGUGACUUUCCCACCUUUUGUUUGGUGGCCAUUGUAGGCCUUCCUUAUAAGGUGUGCGUGGAGCAGUGUCCAUUUCACAGGUAUAGCGCAACUAAUGGGGUGUUUAUAAGUAUACACACACAUUUUUUAGCUGAUUUUAACUUUUACUACACUACAGAAGGUGUACAACAAUGUUAAUUUGCUGCCAGACGCAUGGAGUAUAUUAAAUUGAAUGUCGUCCAGCUCUAAUUCUAAUCCUCAAUGGGAAAAGAUCGCCCCGUAGCACAAUAUAGCACAUAGUGGCGAUGUACAAGCAGUGAGUAAGUCCUCCUUUUAUGCAUCUGGUUACCAUAUUUAUUAGUAAUAUUUGUGUGUAGAAAGUCUCAAGGGCUGAACAUAAGCCCCAGUCUCCUCUAGUUACAAACCCUGCGUUCAGUUACUACACUCUUUCUAAAUACUGCUAUGCCUUGCAGUCAAGUCUUUAUAUAACAAGUCAUUCUAUUCACUGAUACUGGUGUACGACUGAGCUGCUACUUAUCACAAUUACAGUAUAUAACAACUACCCAUUCUGCCUGAAGGUUACAAAGUACAAGGGAACCAGAAAGCUGAAACAACGGUUUUAGUUAAAGCUGCAGGGUGACAUAAACCCUAAAGUCGCCUGGAGGUGGGUAGUCUGUUAGGAGUAAUCGCUAAUCAAUCUUUCAGCUUGAUUUCCAGGUUUCUGAUAGUAAAUGAUAACCCGUCUCGCUUGCUACAUGCUAUAUAUGUGGAUCAGGGGUUUCCACGGGGCAUCAGGAGAUCCUCAUUGUCACCACUGGUCUGCUAGGUGGUGGGGCUCCUGGUGGGUCAUUGUGGAGAACUUGGCAACCCUUAAGUCUGGUACCCCACACACACACUUACUGCAGUUAUUGGCUCCUCUAUUACCUGCAAUGUAUGUGUUCAUACAAGGCUGCAAGUCGCUUACUUGAUGCAUAAAGCAUUCUCCUAAGUCCAAGUAUGUAUGUUGCUCUACCAAAUAUCUCUUAUCUAUGUUUUAUAAGCGUGGUUAUGUUUAUUAAGUAUGUUCAUGAAAUAUUAUGUUUUUAAGCACUUUAAGAUAUAAUAAAGUCAAUGAAACAUCUUAA